UGUACAUGGUAACCAGACCCUAUAACUUUUUUUAGACAAUUCCUAUUUAUAUAGGUCCUCUGAUACACAGGUAAAGUAGCAUUAACAGAUAGUGCCCUUAAAAAGAUUCUAAAUGCUUUUUUUAAAUAAAAAAAAAUAACAAACAUGUCUAUACUUACCUGCUGUGUGCAGUGGUUUUGCACAGAGCAGCCUGGGUCCUCCUCUUCUCGCGUCCCCCACAGGCUCAACUGGCCCCUUCUUCCUUUCGGGUGCCCCCACAGCAAGCAGAUGCUAUGGGGGCACCCACUGCUCCAUUUGUCCAUUCACACAUGGAGCCGCGGCUCAGCCCAGCCCCCUCUCUCUUCUCAUUGGUUCACUGGGUUUGAUUGACAGCAGUGGAAGCCGAUGGCUCCCACUUCUGUCUCAGCCAAUGAGAAGAGGGAGUCACGGCAUAGCCUAGACUCCAGUGCACAUUGCUGAUUCAAAGGGGGGCCUCGAAUGCAUGAAGGUAAAAAACCUUCAGCCUUUACAACCACUUUAA